UAUGUAAAAAAAUAUAAUUAAUUAAUAUAUCAUUUGAUGAUACUAUUCCAUAUUUAUCCUUUUAAUCCAAAACAUUUUAGUUUAUAAAAUAUGUUAAAUUGAUAUUGACUUAACUACCCAACCAUAAAGUAGUUCUUCCACCUCCACCAGCUAUAUAAUAUGAAAAUAUUGCUUACACAGAAGUCUCACAUUGCCAGACCUUCCUCCACAGCGCUGCGGAGGACUUACACAGUAAUGCACCACUAAUUAGAGGGACCAUUAGGCUGCAUAAUAAUUACUUUUAAUACUCUAAAUUUAUUUAGAUGAUAAUACUUACGCUACAUACCUUACCUAAGUAAGAUUUUGAAUGGAUGACGUUUACAUUGUGGUAUGUACUUUUAUUUAAAAGAUCUGAACAUUUCUUUCAUUCCUGCAACAUAAGGGGGACCGGGGUUGGUUGUCACACUGCUUAUUACAGCUACACUAGAGUCCACUUUGACAAUUUAUUUGAUAUUAAACAGUUGUGAGAAGUUGUGAAAAUUAAAGGGAUACUGAUUUCAAGGCAAGACCUUAAUGCUAAUUGGUGAAGUAUCCCUUUCAUUUAAUGUAGGAAUGACUAUUGAAAGAUUUUAAUGAUGAGCAAUUUACGCACAAGUAAAAAGUGUGAUAACCAACCCUGGUGUCCCCUACACCCUUCAAAAUGACCAUCAUUUUAAGUCAACACCCUGUGAAACAGUGUCAAAAACAUUCAUGGAGGUGGUUUUUUGUUUGUUUUGCAGGGCUGUUUAGACUGUAUUAGUACCUACCCUCUGAAAAUAAACUGGCAGUGUGUCUAUUAGCUUGCUUUACAGUUCGCUUGCCCCGAGCAGGUACCAUGUAAUGGAAAAACGCCAUAAUACACCAAUGCAGCUUAAAUUUAGAUUUAAAUACACCAAUCUUUCAGCCAUCUGUAUUGACCUUAUGCAUUAUAGCAACAAGAAAGUGCUCAGACUCCAUUAUUUUGUCUUUUACACAGUGGGAAUGUGUUGCAUUAUUAAGUCAGGCCAUAUGACCUCUACAGAGUUGUGUUUGUGUGUUCCAAACUUUGAAAAAAAAAGUUGUGAACUUAUCAGGAACAGCCAGCAAUAGCAACCAAAACCUGAAGUGGAACAAACAAUAAAUAUAUACACAGACACACACACACACACACACACACACACACACACACACACAUACACAUGUGUGUUCAUUUAGUCUGGCUGAUAAUACCUCUGCUCAGGUUACUAAAAAAAGGGAAAAGUAUUAUUUGUCCUGCUUUAAUAAGGGGGAAAACUGAACAGGAGAGUCAGGAAGGUGUCAGUCAAGCAGAGUCAUGUCCUGAGAAGAGUUCUAAUUAAGCAUAAUUGUAAACAAUAAGUGGGUGGACCAAAAUCUGUAGAGCCUUUAAAACGUUAUGUACUUAAAUAAGUAAAUUAUUACAGGUUGUGAAGAGUGGUUGUUUAAUGCUUCAAUGUAUUUAUCUACAAAGCCUCCUAUAAGAUACAUUUUUUAUGUCUAUCCUGCAUUUUAAUUAAUUGCAAAAUAUUCUUAAAUGAACAAACCUUUAUUUUAGAUAUUUACACUGUACCUGUCCUAACAUGACAACACCUCACACACACACCAGUCAAACUUACAGUUAUGAGCUACACACAAUUCUAUAACUUUCAUAGUGUAGGUCACUCUGUUACACUGUGACGUCUGUUUCACUUCCUUUCUCUGUUAUUUCUGGUCCUCUGCGUUUGUGUGCAGAACAAUAAACUUCAUGAUGCUGUGCUGGUAAGAGGAAAUGCGGUGCCCCUGGCCAGUGAGAAGAAAUUCAGUUCUUACACCUGCUACAGAGCAGAGCAGCUCUGUACCAUUCAAUGUGUGGCAUGAGUAUGGAGUUAAUACCCAGUAGCUCUGUUGUUGGGUUACAACUGUCAAUCUGACUGAAGCAAACUACCUUCCCCUAUGGCCAGUCUGGAGAGAAACAACAAAAUCCUACUUGAUUUGGUGCAACAGCCAGGUAACAACUUGUGUGCUGACUGUGGAGCUCCUGAGCCUGACUGGGCCUCCUACACUCUUGGUGUCUUUGUGUGCCUGAACUGCUCGGGGUUGCAUCGUAAUUUACCUGCUGUCAGCAAAGUGAAAUCCAUACGUCUGGAUUUAUGGGAUGAUUCACUAGUAGAGUUUAUGCGGAAGUGGGGAAAUUCUGCAGCCAAAGCCAUUUAUGAAAAGUGUGUCCCUGCCUUCUUCUACCAGCCGCAACAGAAAGACUGCAUUGUUCUUAAGGAUCAGUGGAUCCGUGCAAAGUAUGAAAGGAGAGAGUUCACAGGAGAAAACAAUUUUCAGCAAGCUUAUUGCUCAGACUGGUUUGAGUCAACACUAUGGAAGAAGGGGAAAGACAACAAGCAGUUUUUAAAGAGGAUCUUCCUGUUGUCCCGGAAAGACUUCACCCUCAGAUACUUUAUUAAAGAGGAUUCCAAGCUUCCCAAAGCUGUCAUCUCCAUGAAGGACCUGAAUGCAGUUUUCCAGCCGGAGAAGAUCAGUCACGCCCACGGUCUGCAGAUCUCUUACAUGCAUGACAAACGCACAAGGAAUCUGUUUGUUUAUCACGAGAAAGGACAGGUAAUUGUAUCCUUGUUCAAUGCUAUUCGAGCAACACGCUUGGCAUACCUCCUGAAGAAACAUCCCACUCUUCGAGAUAAUGACUUAAUAUCUCAACUAACGGUAAAUUGCCUGAAGGAGGGGUACAUGGAGAAAACUGGCCCAACGCAUCGGGAGCCAUUCAAGAAGAGGUGGUUCACACUGUGCUCAAUGAACAGAAAGCUUCUGUAUUUUAAAAGUCCACUGGAUGCUACAGAGCAGGGUUCUGUCUUCAUUGGCACAGAGAGCCACAGCUACUCUGCUUCAGAGAGCAGCAGGCAGAGCUUGAGGGGAAACCGAUGGCGCUGUGGCAUCACGCUGGAAACUCCGGAAAGGCAGUUUUUGUUUAUGUGUGAGCAGGAGCAGGAGCAGAAGGAGUGGCUGGAGGCCUUCAGAAAGGUCAUAUCUCAACCCAUGACCCCAGAGGAUUACGCUAAUGAAGCCAGCAUGAGAAGGGGAAAGUGACUGGAGCAGUUCGACCCGUUGGUUUGCAGGAGUUCAGGAUGCAGUAAGAAUCGUUUUGGGACAUGACAGACUCAAAGCCUCUUCUUCCAAAAGAUGCUCCUGAAGCUGUCAGAGGAUAAAGAAACAUGGUGACAAACUCUCUAUUACUGGUGGAACUGCUCGACACCACAGACAAAUGAUCAACUUCAACACUUUUGCACGGACUAAAGUGUCUGUGAUUACACCUUGGCACCUUGGAGAAGUUACUGUCACAGCUGGGACGUUGCUGCACAUCAGAAGCUUGAUUGCAUUGUCUUUGCCACUAUGACAUUGCAUCAAAGAACUCUUUGCAAUACAUUAUAAUUACACUGGAACCAAAUAUUGUAUUAAUUAAAAAUAAGAAUAAGAGAAUAACAUUGUAUGUAUAAUUUGCAAUUGUUCUGUAGUUAUUUUGUAUUUUAUGUUUCACUCAAUUUGCACAUUUUGAAAGGAUUAGGUUAAUUUUUUCACACUGUUUAAUUUGAGCUGUCUACAUAGUUGUGUGAAACUGAAAGCUCUUCAUAAUUUUAAUAAAAUGUAUAAACAAUU